AUGAAGCAGAAGGUUGUAGAUGCCGAGAAAUCGGUGGAUCCAAUUUUUCGAACUACGGGGCUCCCAAUGGAGAAAGAGGAAUCAGAAAGCUCGUUGGAGUCAAAAGAAGACUGCUUCUCUCUGGCCGAUGAAGAUGCUGAAGAAACAAACUGGCGAUUGAUCUAUAUCACCGCCCUUGUUUCAUUCCUUGGUGCAAUCGAGGGAACUGCUGUGCAUAUGAGUGAAUGGCCAUACAUGCGACAAAUUGACCCAGAUGCCACAGUUCAAUUCUUCGGUAUUGCCAGUUCAGCCUCAAAAGCAGCACAUGCGGUUUUUGUUUUGAUCUUUGCGGUAUGGAGUUUCAAAUAUAAAACUGUGAAAUGGCCGCUCAUUACUGGUCGUAUUAUUGCCAUGGUAGCCUGUUUCCUCUAUCUUGGUAUCGAAUACAUCCCAACUGGAAGGCGUUACAUGAUGAUGUUCUGUUAUAUUCUUUUCGACAUUUCUGGAAGCUCCCCAUCUAUUCUCCGUGCAUAUAUUGCCGCCGUUUCCAUGCCAAAAGAUAGAUCAAAAGCAUUUGCUGCAAUGUCCCUCUCCAUGACUCUCUCCAUAAUUUGUGGUCCAUUGAUUCAAAUGGCGUUCACAACUAUUCCAUACCCAGGAAUCACACUUAUCCCACAUGUAAAGUUUCAUGUGUAUUCUGCGCCGAUUUGGAUCGCAAACUCUACUAAUUUUAUCUCCAUAGCCAUUAUUGUUUUUGGAAUGAGAGAGUUACCAAGAAAGCCAAAAACAAAAAAACCAAAGAAGCCGUCGAUCUUUGAAUUGGAAGGGUUGAAGUUGAGAAUUCAAAAGAUCAAGAAGGCAAACAUUGAUUGGGUUCUAGUUUUUGUUUGUUGGAUUGCAAAGUGCGGAAAGACAAUGACCGCAAGAUCAAUUGGAACUCUUUUGCCAAUUCUUAUGAUGGUGCAAUACGGAUGGACGGGAAUUGAAACUGUAAGAAUCACGUCUUUCCUUAUGGGAGGUUCUGGAAUUCUUUCAAUGUUUGUUAUUGGAAGUUUCAUGUUCUGCAAACUGGGAACCAUUGUCCAACCCCGCUUUAUUUACCUGUUUUCUAUUGCACUUUUUACAAUGUUGUACGUUGUUACCUAUCCAUACAAGUCAAUUGGAGUAGAAGUUGCCUCUUUCAACUCUACGGAUAACACUGGUUGUGACCCUGAUAAGUAUUCGUGGUGUGAGGGAGGCAUUGCUCCACAGCCUUACAUUUUCCUAUGCUGCAUGGUAUUUGUGUUUGGAAUGACAAUGCCUUCUUCCGGUAUUUCUUUGGACACUAUUUACUCGAAAAUUUUGGGAAAGAUUGAUCAGAGUGUCAUGCAAGGAGCAGCCGUUAUUCUCGAUGACAUCGUUAUGGUUAUCACUCCAACUUAUGCAUCGUACGUCUACACACUUCUUGGUCUCAAACCACUCUGGAUUAUGAACGGAUUCAUUAUGUCGACGGUUGUUAUUUUAUGGAUCGUCAUGCUUCGAAAAUUCAAGCCAUAUUCUUAA